AUGGUGGUUGACCGGCUGAUGAGUGGAAAGGAGUUGGAGGAUGGAGAUGAGGUGUUAGUGAAGAUGGUGGAUGGUGGUGUGGGUCUAACAGAACGCGAAACAGCCGGUAACCGGCCGAUUUCAUUACCGGUCGCCGGAACUGAAACAGGAGGGAGAUGUGAGACAAGGGAUUUCAAGUGUUUUGAAAUGAGGAUAUGGAUAAGGUUGGAGAAAAGUGAGAGGAGGAUGGAUGUUUACGUGGAUGACAUAAUUAUUACGGGCAACAAUGAAAAGUUUAUCUCCACAUUCACAUCACGUCUUAACAAAGAAUUCAAGAUCAAGGAUCUAGGGCUUCUAAAUUUCUUCCUUGGUUUAGAAGUAACCCACACAAAGACAGGUCUUUUCUUAAACCAAUCCAAGUAUGCCUAUGACAUUCUAUCACGGGCCGGUCUCCUUGAUUCCAAGCCGGUCGCCACUCCCCUCACUCCAAAAGAUAUAUUCAACUCCAACGGACAACCUUUUCAUGACCCCACUCUUUAUCGCUCUCUCGUCGGUGCUCUUCAAUACCUCACCAUUACCCGUCCCGAUCUCUCCUUUGCUGUGAACCAAGCAAGCCAAUACCUUCAAACACCUACCACCACUCACUUUCAACUUGUCAAACGAAUCCUUUGUUAUGUCAAGGGAACUGUAUCUUAUGGUCUAACGUUUGAUAGACCACCUAACACUGUUUUAUUAGGUUUUUCUGAUGCAGAUUGGGCACGUUGCAUUGACACACGAAGAUCCACCUAUGGCUAUUGCAUUUACCUAGGUGGAAACUUGGUCUCUUGGAGUGCAAAGAAACAACCAACCGUCUCCCGUUCAAGUUGUGAAUCGGAAUAUCGAGCAAUGGCGAACACCGCUUCAGAAAUCAUUUGGGUCACUCAUCUACUACGAGAGCUUCAUGCCUUACCACCCGGAUCUCCUACGCUAUUUUGUGACAAUAAGAGUGCUUUAUUUUUAAGCCAAAAUCCAAUCUCUCACAAAAGAGCUAAGCACAUAGAUCUUGACUACCACUUUGUUCUGGAAUUAGUUGCUGCAGGGCGCCUCCACACUCGUUUUAUCUCAACAGAUCGACAAGUCACUGAUAUAUUCACAAAGAGUCUUCCAAAGCCGCUCUUUGAAAAGUUUCGAGCAAUGCUUCGUCUAGAUCCUCCGCCUCGCAUUGACGGGGGCUAUUAG